GAUUCUUGACACUGGUGGGCUGGCCUCAGAGCACACUGAACCAAUGGGCUAGGCGGGGCGGGACGACGGUGGUGGUGGCGGCGGAGGCAGCGUGUUCGGUUGCGCGUAGUGCACGGGGUGGGAGCGGAGCCCAGGCCGGGAGCGGGCGCCGCCGCCAACGACCAUGGGAAACGUGUUGGCCGCCAGCUCGCCGCCCGCAGGGCCGCCGCCGCCGCCAGCGCCGGCCCUCGUGGGGCUGCCGCCACCUCCGCCCUCGCCGCCGGGCUUCACGUUGCCGCCGCUGGGAGGCGGGCUGGGCGCCGGCACCAGUGCGGGUCGAGGUUCGGAACGGACCCCUGGGACUGCAACCGCCAGCGCCGCAGGGGCCACUGAGGAUGGGGCCUGCGUCUGCCUGCCCAACCCGGGCACAUUCGAGGAGUGUCACCGGAAGUGCAAGGAGCUGUUUCCCAUUCAGAUGGAGGGUGUCAAGCUAACAGUCAACAAAGGGUUGAGUAACCAUUUCCAGGUGAACCACACAGUAGCCCUCAGCACAAUCGGGGAGUCCAACUACCACUUCGGGGUCACAUAUGUGGGGACAAAGCAGCUAAGUCCCACAGAGGCGUUCCCUGUACUGGUGGGUGACAUGGACAACAGCGGCAGCCUCAACGCUCAGGUCAUUCACCAGCUGGGCCCCGGCCUCAGGUCCAAGAUGGCCAUCCAGACGCAGCAGUCGAAGUUUGUCAACUGGCAGGUAGAUGGGGAGUACCGGGGCUCUGACUUCACAGCGGCCGUCACCCUGGGGAACCCAGACGUCCUCAUGGGUUCAGGAAUCCUCGUAGCCCACUACCUCCAGAGCAUCACACCUUGCUUGGCCCUGGGUGGAGAGCUGGUCUACCACCGGCGGCCUGGGGAGGAGGGCACCGUCAUGUCUCUAGCUGGGAAAUACACAUUGAACAACUGGUUGGCAACAGUGACGUUGGGCCAGGCGGGCAUGCAUGCAACGUACUACCACAAAGCCAGUGACCAGCUGCAGGUGGGUGUGGAGUUUGAGGCCAGCACACGAAUGCAGGACACCAGUGUCUCCUUUGGAUACCAGCUGGACCUGCCCAAGGCCAACCUCCUCUUCAAAGGCUCUGUGGACAGCAACUGGAUCGUGGGUGCCACGCUGGAGAAGAAGCUCCCGCCCCUGCCCCUGACACUGGCCCUCGGGGCCUUCCUGAAUCACCGCAAGAACAAGUUCCAGUGUGGCUUUGGCCUCACCAUCGGCUGAGCCCUCCUGGCCCCCGCCUUCCACGCCCUUCCUCCUUCAGAUUCCACCUCCACCUCCCCUCCCUUCCCUUCCUCCUCGGGUCGGGGGGGACAGCGGAAAGGAGGGACCCCGCCACCCCAGCAGCUGAGGAGGGGAUUCUGGAACCGAAUGGCGCUUUGGGAUUCUGAGUACCACAGGCAGCGUGCUCAGGGGGCCUGGAGUCCCGGGAGGGAUUCCAGGAAUGCAGGGCUCGCAGGAUUCUGAGCACCAGGGGCAGAGGCGGCCAGACAACCUCAGGGAGGAGUGUCCUGGCGUCCCCAUCCUCCAAAGGGCCUGGGCCCGCCCCGAGGGGGCAGCGAGAGGAGCUUCCCCAUCCCCGGUCAGUCCGCCCUGCCCCGUCCACUCUCCCAUCUCGGUAUAAGUCAUGUUUAUAA